AAACGCCAAGCAAGUCGUCUGCUCAUCCUGGUGGUUGUUAUGUUCGCCCUCCUCUGGCUACCCGUUCAACUGCAUCUCUUGUACUCCUCCAUCUACGGCUUCCCAGAGAAUCCAUGCUAUAACGUGCUGAGCAUCUUGUUCCAAGCCCUAGCUUACUGCAACUCUUGCGUCAAUCCAAUCAUCUACAACCACACAUCGCGUGACUUCCGAGAAGCUUUCCGUCAGGCUCUC